CAGAGAGAGGGUACAUUUAUGUCUCAGGCAGCACAAAGCGUCAAAAACUGCUGACUUCUUUCGGUAUUUUUUAAGAAUGUAGCUAUUAUGGGAAGGUCCGCCCCGUAAAUCAGUCCGCCACAAGAAACAGAGGGUAUUUGUAGCAACUUAGGCAGGAAUGGUGCUGUUUUCAGAGAGUAGGAUGUUGUUGGAUACUAAGUAGCCUAUAUGAAGUUCCUGGGAGGCCAAGUGAGAUGUAAUGGUUUACAUUUACAACCAGUAGGACAUUGAUCGCUUGUUUCCGAGUAAUUUAAGUUAAGCUUCCUACUUAUUACUAGAAAGUGUACUUCUAGGUCAUGUUAGCUCAUCUUAAUGUAUAUAUUUCUAAAAACAGACUGUAGUCACGGGAGUCCUCUGAGUUUAAGUUGCCUGUGCACGACACUUGAUAUUUUCAGAGUUGUCGGAGAGACCUCCAAACCAGAUACCCAAGCGUGCUAAAUCAGAGGAACCACUUUGACAUUUGCAAAGCAGCCUACUACACUAGUGUAACUUAAAACAUGACGAGAUGUUGGACUGAGUUUCACUUUAUCCUGAACUGAACUUGGGACGACUGAAAGGACGGGUGUCAGGUUUCCCUUCUCUGUCCUGGCUUCUACAAGCAGCAGCCUCACAGAUAGACUGAGCAGCCUGCCUGCAGGACGACUCCUGUCAAGACUGCUUCUCUUUCAGGAACUGAAGGGAACUGGGCUGUCAGGCCAAAGCUGCACCUGGUUUUGAAUCUUCUUUGUCCCGGUGCAAACAAGUAGUAUACGGCAUCAACUUUGCACUAAGAACAACCCAAAAGUAACACUUCUCAGCACAAUUGGCUUUAAUCUGGAUGCCAGAGGUGCAGCUAAAAACAAGUCUCCACUAAAAGAAAGGCUGAGGAUUUCUGGUCUCCAUCACCACCGUUCUUCAAUCAAGUGCAAUCAUGGGGGCCACGGGAUAUGGCUACUACCGUGUCGCCAUCUUUCUUUGCAUGUUCACCGGCUACUCGCUGUACUUCUUCAACAGGAAAACCUUCUCCUUCGUCAUGCCGUCUGUGAUGGAGGAGAUAGCGCUGGACAAAGAUGACCUGGGUCUGAUCACAAGCAGUCAGACCAUGGCCUACGCCAUCAGUAAGUUCAUCAGCGGCGUGUUGUCGGAUCAAAUCAGCGCUCGCUGGCUCUUCUCCAUCGGCCUCUUUGUGGUGGGCGGCAUCAAUGUGGUGUUCUCUUGGUCCUCCACGGUGUCCAUGUUCUCUCUGUUCUGGUUCAUCAACGGCCUGGGACAGGGCUGCGGCUGGCCACCCUGUGGGAAGGUGCUUCGCAAGUGGUUUGAGCCAUCCCAGUUUGGAACCUGGUGGUCUGUCCUCUCCUGCAGUAUGAACCUGGCAGGGAGUCUGGGUCCGAUCCUGGUCACAGUGCUGCUGCAGUACUACGACUGGAGGACCAUCAUGACCAUGUCAGGCAUCUUCUGUGCUGCCUUCUCCUUAGUUUGUCUGGUGUUUGUGAAGAACGAGCCGAAGGAUGUGGGUCUGCCCAGCAUCGAGCCUGCAGCCAAGAAGGGAGCAAAGGGAGGAAAUAGUGAGAGCACCCUGAGGGAGUUCCUCCUCUCUCCCUUCCUGUGGGUGCUGUCUCUGGGUUACCUGGUGGUGUUUGGUGUGAAGACGGCUGCCACUGACUGGGGACAGCUGUUCCUCAUGCAGGAGAAAGGACAGACUGCUCUCAUGGGCAGCACGUACAUGAGUGCCUUGGAGGUGGGAGGUUUUGUGGGUAGCCUGGCGUCAGGUUUCAUCACAGACAGAGCCGUCGCUCGGAAAGGCCUGGGUACUCAUGGUAACCCUCGCCAUGGUCUGCUCAUUCUCAUGAUGGCCGGUAUGUAUGUGUCCAUGUACCUCUUCAGAGUCACCAUCACUCCUGAAAUCCCAAAGGAGGCUCCUCUUUGGGUACAAGUAAUUCAUCCUGUCUCUGUCCUUAUUGGUGUGUCAGAAAAGGAGAUCUGGAUCCUCUUCCUUGGUGCUAUGUUUGGAUUUUCUUCUUACGGACCAAUUGCCUUGUUUGGAGUGAUAGCGAGUGAAAGUGCUCCUUCAAACUUUUGUGGAACCUCCCAUGCUGUUGUAGCUCUGAUGGCUAAUGUGGGUGCCUUCAUGGCUGGGCUACCCUUCAGCACUAUUGCCAAAAAGCACAGCUGGGACAUGGCAUUCUGGGUAGCUGAGGUGUCUAUGGCCAUUGCUACUGUCGGCUUCUUCCUGGUACGCAACAUGCGCACCAAGAUGGGACGGAUCGCAGAGAAAUUGGACUAAUGUAUCUCACUAAACUCUUCAUGUAAUAUGACCAGAUGAACUGUGUUUUGCACUUGUGAAUGCUCAGUAAACAGAAUACUGCACAUGAUUACAACUCCAAUCUGACCAAACAAAACCUACCGAACACAGACUAAAGUCAGUAUUUUUUACAGAUCAAUGUAGAUGCUCACAAUAGAUGUCAGUCAUAGCCCAUGUUGGGAUCACAAUCCUAUGAACACACAGUUUUUCAUCAUAUUCACCAGCAUGGAAAAGAUAACAGUUCAUCUUAGACUUACAUUUCUGUGCUUCCAAAUUGAUAAUGUAGGCUGGAAUGAACUCAGACUUUAAGUUAAUAAAAGCCUGACUGAAGUUUAAGAUACAGUGAACGUGUGCUGCUCAUUGCACACCUUUACUUCAGUGAAGGUCAAAUCUAUUUAACUCACUGAAUGUGCACUAGACACCCUGUGAGUUCUAGACGAUUAUAUGUCUAGGUAUUUGCACAAAUAUUGUAGCAUGCAUCACGGUCAUUUUACUGAUACCUCAAGUAUUUGUUCAAAUGUAAAUGGCUCGUUGUUUCAGUGAUAAGAAUAAUAGGAAAUCAUGCUAUUUUUUUACAUAGUUCUAUGCUUCGUGAUACAGAAUUACACUUUGUAGGCCAUGGAAGAAUUUAUAAUCUGGUAUAUUUAUAAGGAAAAUUUUAAACAGACAUGCACUACAGGUGUUUUGUCACUGCCAACAUAGGUACUGUUAACUUUCUCAUCUCUCAAAUAUGUAGUAAUUAAAAAUGAGUCUACACUUAGUGCCAUGUCGGCAUUUCUGUAUCUUACUGGAAUUGUAUGAUGUACCUAACAAGUGAAGGGCAUCUAAUAAAUGCAGUUAACUUUG